AUGGCAUUUGAAAAAGUUUUCUCGGUAUGUGAAAACUCAUCGACAUGCGACGAGUUGUCGGCGUGCGUUGCGAAGGAAAUAGUAGACAUUUCUAAAGAGGCAUUGGAAGAAUGCAGAAAUAGAAGCCGGUAUGUAGACUCUACGCUUCCGAACAGCUCGUGUAAUCUCGCUGCUAUCGCCUAUGUCACUGUUGAGCAGUUAAGACAACUGUUGUUAGUCGACGACGAACGACCAGAAGCUUUCACUUCCCGAAGACAGUUCGUGCAUGGCGUCUGCAUGAAGGACAUUACCCCCUCAACCGACCAAACCCGAAGAUCAGUUUCGGACAGUGUCAGUGACCUGAUGGUCAUCGUCGGCCGGCGGUUGCAGGAAGACGCGACCGUGAACUCGGACAUCCUCAGUAUACAGCAACGUAGGAAUCGGAACGCCCUGUUGUCGUUGUCUGUCUGUUUCGCUGUCCCCGGAUUGUUUGCAUUCUGCGAGCCGGCCCACUUUCGAGCUACCUUUGCGUUGCAGCUGGUAGCGUUAGUGGUCGUUACCGGCUAUCACUUGGUCAGGUGGAACUUAUGGCUUGCGACUAUCGGCUUCUGUUCGUGCGCUCUGAUCUUCGCGGUGGAGGUCGGCCUUUUGGUACUCCUUCAUGCCAAGAGCGUUUUGAGCAAGCGUUCUCGCUGA